UCACAAAGCUGCUAUAGCCAAUGGUCUCACAUCUCAUUAACAUGAGUUUUGAAGUGUAUUGAGUGUGCAGCUGUACAAAACUCAAUAUAUCACAAUCUAAAGUAUCUUACAUGAGAGGAACACAGCACUAAUUGAAAUAAACACACAGAACUUGUUUACUAUUGCAUCUUUGGUACUACAUUGUUUAAGUAUUGUUAGAGAAUUUCAGAUGUUACUCUAAGAUGCUAUACAUAAUGAUAACAUUUUAUUCAACUGUGUGAUUUUCUUUAAAAAAAAAAAAGACUUUAUUUUGUAACAUCUGUAAAGCCUUAUAUAAACUGUUGUCUGCCUGGUUGUGUUUUAUCAUUUAACCCACUGUGAAAGCCUAUGACCACCAUAAAUGCAGCUAGGAUUUACAGACCCAUAAUGUAUUAAACACCUGAAUUUGUUUAGCUUAAACCAGUGUUUCUCAAAGUGGGGUCUUGUGACCCUCAAGGGAUCAUGAAGCAUAUCCAGGGGGUCCAUCCAUUUUCCAUAUUGCUUAUCCUACACAGGAUCACAAGGGAGCCUGGAGCCUAUCCCAGGGAACUCCGGACACAAGGCAGGGGACACCGUGGAGGUUGGCAAAAUUGCAUACCCAGUCACACACUAAGGACAAUUAGGAAAUGCCAAUCAACCUCAAACUGGAGUACAUGGAGGAAAACAAAUGCAUGGACCUGGGGAGAACAUGAAAGCUCUGGAGGCAGGAUUCAAACCCCCAACCCCAGAGGUGCAAGGCAAACUAACCAUUGCUAACCAUUAAGCAUAGUUAACCAGGGGGUACAUUUUCCAUCCAUACAUUUUCAAUACCGCUUAUCCUACAGGGUUGCAGGGAACUUGAAGCCCAUCCCAGGGAGCAUCGGGAACUAGGAAGGGUACACCCUGGACGGUGUGCCAAUCCAUCGCAGGGCACAAUCACAUACACAUUCAUACACUAUGGACAUGCCAAUCAACCUACCAUGCAUGUCUUUGGACUGGGGGAGGAAAGCGGCGUACCCGGAGGAAACCCCUGUAACACAGCGAGAACAUGCAAACUCCGCACACACAGGGCAACGGCGGGAAUCGAACCCCCAACCCUGGGUGAAUGGCAGUGGUUGUCUGGACACUGGACAGAAGUGGAAAGAAGACUGAAACUUUGAAAAUACGAAGUGUUAGGGUCAGUACCUACAAUGACUGUGGCUCAUUGAUUUGGACUCUGAGCAGCAGUAUCACCCAAGCCUUUUGUUGUGAUUUGGUUGCAUCUCGCAGGCAGAAAUGAGAGCUCUGGAGCCUGCUGGAGGUGUGAAGAGAUCUCUGGACUUCUCUCCAGCCCCAAAAGUCCGCAGCGUGGAGAUAGAGCGAGGUAGAGCUGGAUACGGAUUUACCGUGGUUGGCCAGGCUCCCUGUGUCCUGAGUGGAAUCCUGAAAGGAAGUCCAGCUGAUGAUGCUGGAUUGAAGCCUGGUGACUGUGUUUUGAGUGUGAACGACACCGAUGUGUCCACAGCUUCACAUGAAACCGUAGUGGAGCUCAUCGGGUCAUCAUUACGAUCUCUUAGUUUGCUGGUCUCAUCAGUUGACAGACAUUCAGUAAAUUUUGCAUCAGAUUCCCUGGUUGUUCAGUUAAAGCAGAAAGAAACUUGGUCAAAUCCAGGACAAGUGGAACCUUAUGAGGAAGGUAUAGGGGAGUCAGUGGGCAGUUUUAAUACUGUUUUGGAAAUUUCAGGUCAGGCUUGUACUAACGCAUCAAAAAAACAACCUAAACAGAGACCAAGAUCAGAACCAGAUAUGUCUUACUGGUCUCAUUGGUGUCCGUCAAAACACAACCCGCAUGCACUUGAUCGGGAGGAACCAUCUCGUGUUGUGAGUAAAGAUUCCGUUUUCUCAGACUUUCAGAGUCAGCAUGAUAUUUUGCCUGACUCCAGCGCUCUAAACGUGGGAAUGGUGGUAGGAUACAUAAACUCCAUAGAACUGGAUCUAGUGAUUUCCCACUCUGAAAAGGAAACCUUACGAGCUAUACGGGAAUGUAUUACUCAAAUUGCAACUGAGCAGAAAACCCAUUACCUGGUGAUGAUGAGGGUCAAGUGUAAUUGUGUGCAGCUUUGUGAUGACAGGGAUGUGGUUUUGGCUGCAUACCCUGCAGAGAACCUGGUCUUGUGUGCAGUAUGUACUGAAGAUAAUAGGUUUUUUGGUCUUGUCUCAAAGGAGGUGACGAAAACUGGCCCCAAAAAAGCAGAGCAAAGCACUUGCAUGAAGACGUUAUGUCAUGUAUUCAUCAUAGACCCAGAACUCUGUGAUCACGAUGAGCAUAAAAGCAUCUCUGAUCACUUUGGCUUUUCAUGCACUGCUGACUCGGACACUCAGGGUUGUCUGGAGUUUCCCCAUACUCCGUAUUCAAUGUUAAACUUUGUGUCAGUCCUCUACACAGACAUGGGAGACCAUAUUGAGAAAUUGAGAGUCAAACUGGAUAGUGAGGAUUGUGACGAACAGCAAAGCACACGAAACAGUGGCAGUGGGGACAGCGGGAUUGGAAACGUGUCUCCAGAGGAUCAGGAGAGUUUUGCUGACCAGUGGAGUCUUACAUCUCCAAACAGUUCCCAUACAACUUGGGACAAACCAUCUCCAUGCAUCUCCCAGCAGAGCAAUGAGCCAUCCCUAAGGUCAGAGCGUAGGUGCCUUCUUGCAGAGCCAUUCCCUGUCCCUGCCACUCCACAAACAAAUGCGUCUAUUGGAGAAGAGGUUUCACAUAGUGUGCCUUUAAAUUCUAUUUCUCAGCGUAAGCAGUCACAACUGCCUGAAAAUAAGACCAAACGGAGAGGAAGUCAGCGCUGGCCCUCUGUUAGUAUCCGCGCUCGCUGGCAGAAACCUCGGCCCACCAGCAUUGACAGCCUGGCUGACAGCGAUACCGGUGGACCCAAAGCUAAAAACAGCACUUUACCACCUGCCAUGGAACAAAUCCCUCCACUGAGAUACAAAACACCUGGUGACCUUGCAUAUGAUCUGACUUUGAAACUGUUUAACAGUGGAUCCAAGAAUAAGGAUGGAGAAAACAAGGGCUACAGAUUUUGGGGUCUCACUAGAGGACGCUCUGUUCGAAAAACCUCAGCUCGCACCAACCGACUCAGCCUGGCACGUUCACUUGAUGACCUUGAGACAGCGGCAUCAGUUGGUGACCGAGGUGGUAUGGAGCGGCAUGGCUUUGGAAGCAUUAACAGUUUGGAAAGUAACAGCAGCCUGCCCAGCGUCACCAACCAUCACAAUCUCUCAGAGCGCCGUGUGGCGGCAUGGGCAGUCUCUUUUGAGCGUUUGCUCCAGGACCCCGUUGGUGUGCGAUACUUCUCUGAGUUUCUGAAAAAGGAGUUUAGUGAAGAAAACAUUUUAUUCUGGCAGGCCUGCGAAUUCUUCAGCCAGGUUCCUGAACAUGACAAGAAGCAGCUUUCCCAGAAGGCCAGAGAGAUCUACAAUAGCUUCCUUUCCAGUAAGGCCACUACCCCAGUGAACAUUGACAGCCAGGCACAACUUGCAGAUGAUGUCCUCACAGCACCAAGGCCUGAUAUGUUCAAGCAGCCACAGCUACAGAUCUUUAACCUGAUGAAGUUUGACAGUUAUGCUCGGUUUCUGAAGUCCUCACUGUAUCAGGAGUGUAUGUUGGCUGAAGUGGAGGGUCGACCUCUCCCUGACCCCUACCAUGUGCCCUGUAGCCCCGCCCCCUCUAAGCACAGCUUUAUCUCCGAGCACUCUGCUUUCUCCACACCAAAAAAGGACAGUCGGAAGCCUAGGACAGGCAGGUCAAAUGAUGACCUAAGAGAUGACCCUGACAGGAGAAAUGGCAUUUUCUCCUGGUACAGAAACAGGAGCUUCGGUAAAGGUCCGAAGAAACGAGAAAUAACAGACUUCAAUUAUAACAGUAAUGGUCGGAGGGAGUCUCAGGGGUCUUUGUCUUCUGGUGCCAGUCAGGAGUUCAACACACCCUGCUCCACACUCAGAAAUGAGCAAAGGAACUCCACAUGCGAGAGGGAUAAAAUAGGGGCGGGUAGGUCAUGCACAGUAGCACUCCCCGAUGGCUCGAGCUGCUGUGUGUGUCUGAAGCAGGGUGCUGCCAUCAGACAAGUGCUGCUGGAGCUGUGCCAGAAGCAAAGCAUCAAUAUGGCUGCCGUCGAUCUCUUUCUUGUCGGGGGAGAGAAGCCACUGGUGUUGGACCAAGACAGCAUGACACUCAGUUCGAGGGACCUACGUAUGGAGAAGCGUACUCUGUUCAGACUCGAUCUGGUGCCUAUUAACAGAUCUGUGGGCUUGAAAGCCAAGCCGACCAAGCCCGUAGCAGAGGUGCUGCGGCCUGUGGUUGCCAAGUACGGCCUGCGCCUUAACGACCUGGUGGCUAGAAUAAGUGGAGAAACUGAGGCUCUUGAUUUAGGACUGCCCAUAUCAAACCUUGACGGCUUGCGAGUUGUCCUAGAGCGCUCUGAACCAAGUUCUUCGAAUGAGAAGACUAAGACGCUUCCCUCCAAAACACAGGGACCAUCAUUGACCAGCAGAGGGCAGUCAACACUGGGAGAUCACAGAUCAUCAGAGAAACCUGUGAAAGGGGAGAGAGGAGAUAAACCCCCAAUCAGCGAGACACCCCAAAAAAAGAAAGCCAACAAGAUUCCUCUGGAUGAUGCUGAAGAGUUCUUUGAGCUGCUGAGUCGUGCUCAGAGCAGCCGUGCUGAUGAUCAGAGAGGCCUACUGAGAAAAGAGGACUUGGUGCUCCCUGACUUUCUGCGUCUGAAGCCUGAGCCCAGUGCACCUCCAUCCUGUUCCACUCCCACUUCCCAAAAAUAUGUUCACAACUCCGUCCAGCCCCCAUCUGUCACCUCCAAUGGACACAACCCCGAAGCUGGAGACGAGACAGACCCACUUGCCCUGCCUCUCUCCCCUAUCCACCAUGCACAAGGCCCUCCAGGGCAGGAUGGUGAGGGACUGUGUGACCUCACCCUGGUGGGUGAGGGAGACAUUAGCAGCCCCAACUCUACUCUACUGCCCCCUGUGCCAACCUGCACACCCCCCCACGAUGCCAACAUCACCCCUCCACCGCUGCCUUCCACCCACAGAAACCCCAGCUCAGGUGCAGUGGAUGAAAGCGAGACUCCAGUGAGUCACCAGCAGGAAAAAACACCAGCACAGAAAGAUUCACAGUCUUCUAAGCAAAGGACUGAUGGGGACGACAUCCCUCAGGAUGAGAGCUUUGAGGGCUACGCAGCUGAGCUUCGCCAGUGCCAGAGCAAAAUGAGGACUGGAACUUACUCCUCUGUCCAUCCUCCACAUGCCCUCAACAAUGUCUCACACGGCAGCCAAAAUAGCACAACACAAUACAAAGCUACAUUUGUAUGAAUGAUCCGUCCAUCCAUCCAUCCAUCUUCUAUUCUGCUUAUCUGCUUCAGGGUCACGGGAGAGCCUAUCCCAGGGAGCAUGGGGCACAAGCGGGGUACACCCGGGACAGGGUGCCAUUUGUAUGAAUGAUACUACAUAGAUUUUUUUUCAAAUAAAUUUUUAGACAUGUGCUAGAGCACAAAUGGUGAAUAAAAUGUAAUUGUGUACAAAUGUAUUUUGUAAUGACAACCAAUAACUUAUUGAAUGAUAAAAUGAAAGCUGUGAUUUUACAAUUUAGAUCUGAUUCAAAUAAAAAAAAACAUGAUUUAACCUCUUUGGAUAGGCUCACUGAUGAAGUUAUAGAUACAACCAGUGUAUCUGCUUCAAAUGUUAAAGGCAAUAGUGAAUUAAUAUUUGUGGAACGGUAAAUAAAAUUGAUCAUGUUUAAUAAUUUGGAGACAUUUUCUUUGAUUGUGUACUUUUAUUUUAAAAACUGAGGUGGGCUGCUGAGUUACACUAUAUGUCCAAAAGUAUGUGGACCCAUGACCAUCACAUCCAUAUGUGCUUUUUGAAAAUCCCAUUUCAGUUUUAGUCCCCCUUUGCUGUAUAAUAAUCUCCUGAAAAGCCUUUCCGCUAGAGUUUGAAGCAUGCCUGAAAGAUGUGUUCAUUC